AAAAGUAGCGCCGCAAUGCCGCUCCCUAAUUCUCGUUCUCGAGGAUCAGCGACGCACAUAAUAUCAUAUGUGAGGGAGAUUGCAAAUGUUGCAACUAUUCAAGGUCUAAUAUCAGAAGUUAUGCGCUAAGUGGCUACUAUUAUGCGCUAUUCUUUGGUUUCACCGCCCUAAUAUUAUGACCUGGAUGAUACGGAGUAUAUAAUUAAUUAAUUACCCUUUAUCCAAAAAAUUGGCCUAUUCUUUAUAAGGUGUUUUACAGCCUAAUAUUAUACCCUAGGUUUUACUCGGUGUUUAUUACCCACUAUUGUUUCCAUUCUUUUUGCCAUUGUUUGAGCAAGGCUAAGCAAGCAGCCAUGUCUAGGAGAACAAAACCGAAUAAUUAUUAUUAUCAGCGAAAACAACACGGUGAUAACUGGAUUGUUAAACCCAAAGAUGAACCAUCACGCAAUGCUUCUUCAUCUUCGGCUACAUCUGAGACUGAUCCAAGUGUUUCGGCUGAAGUUCUGUCAAAAGACAAAUCUUUGGAGAAGAAUCCCAGAAACCCUAGGUGGAUGUCCAGGAACAGGUAUCGCCAGGCGGCUAAACACCGGUUUUUGCAGAAAACGCAGCAAAUCGGCCUGCCUAAAUGCGAAAAUCAGGAUGGUUCUAUAAGCGAAUUCGGUGGUGGAACUGAGCCUGAUGAUCCGAGCGCAGAGGAGGAUUCAGAAAGAGUAUUGAAGGAAAAUUAUGGUGAGAUUCGAGUGGGAAUAGAGGAGAUCAAGGAUGGUUCUAGAAGCGAAUGCGGUGGUGGAACUGAGCCUGAUGAUCCGAGCGCAGAAGAGGAUUCAGAAAGAGUAUUGAAGGAAAAUUAUGGUGAGAUUCGAGUGGGAACAGAGGAGAUUAAGGAUGGUUCUGAUUUAAGGAGAAGAUUGGAGGAGUUGCGGUUGGGUGUUGAGGAGCCAGAGUUGUCUGAAGAACUGCUUAAGAUCAAUGGUCAGGCCCAGGAAGAUGAGUUACUAGCACUGGACUCCAUUUAUGGUGACAACAUUUUUCACCUCGACAGACAGAAUGGCCUACGAUGUGUACAGAUCCAUAUUCAUAUCGAUGUUCCGAAGGAGCUUACAGUUUCUGUGAAUUUAAAAGCAUCUACAAUUUCGACCCAGAGUGGAGAUUCCGUGCCCGAUUUUCGAUACUCCUUCAGAGUUGAGCAUCUCCCACCAAUAACACUCUCAUGCUUAUUACCUGAAUCAUAUCCUUCUGAUCUCCCUCCUCAUUUCACCAUGUCCGUGCAAUGGUUGAAGUCUUCAAAAAUCUCCCAGCUUUGUCACUUUCUUGAUUCAAUUUGGAAAGAGCAACCAGGGCAGGAGGUGAUAUACCAGUGGGUGGAAUGGUUGCAAAGCUCCUCUCUUUCAUACCUCCAAUUUGAUCAAGAACUUCAACUGAGCCUGUAUGAUGUGGGGGUUAUUGAAGAUAGGCGGGCCAUAUCAGGAAGCUCCUCUCCUGAUAUUGAUAUUCCUUUACUGAGAAGCUAUGAUAAGGAACAUCGCUAUGAGUUCUUUAUCAAAAACAUCCAAGAGUGCUGCAUCUGUAUUGGUGAAUAUCCUGGGAGUGAAUUUGUUAGACUACCCUGCGAACACUUUUUCUGUUGCAAGUGCAUGAAAACAUUUUCAAAAAUGCAUGUAAAGGAAGGCACCUUAUCUAAGCUUCUGUGUCCAAGUGCGAAAUGCGGGGGCGCGAUACCCCCAGGUUUGCUGAAACAGUUACUUGAUGAAGAGGGGUUUGAACAAUGGGAACGCCUAAUGUUGCAGAAAACAUUGGAAUCAAUGUCUGAUGUGUGCUACUGCCCGAGGUGUGAAACGAUAUGCAUAGAAGACGAAGACAAUCAUGCACAAUGCCCAACAUGUUUCUUCAGCUUCUGUACACUUUGUAGGGACAAACGCCACAUUGGAGUUGCGUGUAUGUCGCCCGAAAUGAAACUUCACAUUUUAAAGGAGCGGCAAAAUUCAUCUCAACUAAACGGCAAACAAAGGCACCGUGAGCAAGAAAUGAUCAAUGAACUUCUUAGCAUGAAGGAGAUCGUCCGUUCUGCAAAGCAAUGCCCUUCUUGUAAGAUGGCUAUCACCCGGAGUGAGGGUUGCAACAAAAUGGUAUGUGAAAACUGUGGGCAGUAUUUCUGCUACUCCUGUAAUAAAGCAAUUGGAGGGUAUGACCAUUUCAGGGAUGGGCAGUGUGAGCUUUUCCCUGUGGAGACGAUACAGAUGUGGGAGGAGCGUAUGAACGAUCGUCAAGUAGUUGGCCGAUUUAUGGCUCAACAACUCGAUGCUCAUCGUCCUGGUCAUACUUGUCCCAUAUGUGGUCAACAAAAUGCCAAGGUUGGAAAUAACAAUCACAUCUUGUGCUGGGCAUGCCAAAAUCAUUACUGUUACCUAUGCAGAAAGACGUUGAAGCGAAGCUCUCAUCAUUUUGGACCCAAAGGCUGCAAACAACACACUUUGGAAUAGUGUGAACUGUCGUAUUUAUUAUUUUUUCAAUAUUCAGGUUAUAUGAAUAAAUGGCAAAUGUUAGUCUCGUUUUGUGUGAUUUAAUAGUGUUGCUCAAAAGAUUCAGUUAUCUUUUAAUAAUAGAAAUUAAAUUUAUCAAAAAAGUGAAGGGCCCUGGAUCAGAAAAAUUGUUACUCCAUUAUAAAAGAUGUUUACAUUGCUUUAGGCUACCCAGGACCAAAACGCCCCUACACUUUUACCAGUUCAGAAUCGGGCAAAAAGAACAGUCGGUACCAACAUGGCUUGAAAGCUUAAUCCGGAGCCAAAGAACAGUAGGUUCCUAGGUGGGUUUCCCGCACAAAAAUCUGGGUAAAAAACGGAUCAAAGCAUUUUGUGUGUUGUCAGCUCAUUUGGCUAGGCUCAAGGUUUUUGGAAAGACAAAAAAAUAUAGGACAGCUUACUUUUUAUCCAGCCAAGAGAGAAAAUUGAAUUGGUCUCUUCAAAAUAUGUAAUGCUGACAUUUGCAUUUAAUGUAAUGGUGCUUUGUCAAUGACCUCUUUCCAAUUGAUUAAAGCUAGAAAAAAUUUGGAGUUUUUACAGUAUGCAAUAUGAGUAUUUCAUUAGUUUCUUGCUGAAUGGGACUAAAUAAAACAUGGAAGAAGAAUGCCAUGCAUCAUGUAGAAGG